UUCUCAGUGUAUGUUUGACACCGCUUUGUCCCACAGACCAUGAAGGCAGCAUGCUAUGAUAGCGGGUCAUCAGGUGUGGUCGGUACCAGACGGCCGGACUCCACCGAGCAGAACCAGGCCUUCGCGGAACCUGCCGACCAGCUGUCACAACAUGAGCCUCCUCUUCUAAAGAAAUGAGUGACCCUUCACCCUGUUGUCAAACAUCAGACAAAAAGAGGAAGAUGAUUUUUGAAUAGUUGUCCUCGAGGAGCGAGAAAUCUUCAUGUUUGCAUGCAGAGCUGUGAUUGGUGCAGCCAUGAGUGACUGGAGCAAAGAGCAGCUCAGAUCUCCACUUUGGAGCUGAUGGUCUCCUGAUGCUUCCUGGUCUGAAGACUAAGGACAGGACCCAGACUCCCGUCAACGCCUUCUUCUUUGUUGUCAUAAUGGCGGGAAAAGACUACAAUCAUCUCUUUAAGUUACUCAUCAUCGGCGACUCUAAUGUCGGGAAAAGCAGCCUCCUGCUCCGCUUUGCUGACAAUUCCUUCUCUGGAAGCUACAUCACAACUAUCGGCGUGGACUUCAAGAUCCGAACGGUGGACAUCGGCGGCGAGCGCAUCAAGCUGCAGAUUUGGGACACCGCGGGCCAGGAAAGAUUCCGAACCAUCACGUCAACGUACUACAGGAACACACACGGUGUCAUCAUCGUGUAUGACGUCACCAAUCCUGAGUCCUUUGUCAACGUCAAGCGGUGGUUAAAUGAGAUCUCUCAGAACUGUGACAACGUCUGCAAAGUUCUAGUGGGAAACAAGAACGACGACCCCUCAAGGAAGCAGGUGGAUACCCAGGAUGCUUUGCAGUUUGGAGAGUCGGUGGGGGUGCCCGUGUUCGAGACCAGCGCCAAAGAGAACAUCAACGUGGAGGAGAUGUUCAUGGCCUUCACCCACAUGGUGCUGCGGGCCAAGAAGCAGAGCCAGAGCCGAGCCGAGCGGGAUCGAGAGCGCGACAAGGACACUGUGAACAUCAAUGCGCAGAGAGAGCGAGACCGCAGGAAGCGAGGAAAGAAAUGCUGCUGAGGACAGGAAGUGACCUGCGGCCUCCUCUACUUGUCUUAUUCUUACGCUUGAAAGGACUUGUCUAGGACUAGAGGAGCAGCAAGUUAAAAACAAACUUUUGCACUUUAUUGUGCCACAAUCCAACUGACCGAAAGGGAACUUACUAGAAACUAACACAUGUGACCAGGAGCUUUCAUUUUUUUAACUAUAAUAAAGUCUUACCUCCA